AUGCUUGCUGAGAAGAACCGCCUACACAAAUCCUGCGUUGGUCACCCCAUUGAUGCCAACAGAGCUGCCUUCUACCGCAGUCGCCGCCAACUUCAGCAACGACUGCGCGAGAUGCAGGACGCCUGGACUGCUCGCAAAGCCGAGGAUACCCAAGGCUACGCGGACCGCAACGAAUGGAAGAAUUUCUCCUCUGCGAUCAGAACUUUUUACGGUCCGCCAACGAACGGCACUGCUCCCCCUUCCUCAGCGCCGACGGCAAUACCCUCCUGA